GUUCGUGGCUUCAAAUCGAUCAUACCCACAUCUUGUGUGGUGAUACGUUCAGGGCGUCGGCAACGCGUCAACGCCACUGGUAUUGUAGUGGGUGAUGUAGUCUGUAUAAGCUCCGGCGCCCGAGUCCCAGCGGAUCUUCGCCUGAUCUAUACGAACUCUUUGUAUUUGGAGACGUCCUGGAUCAGCGGUUUAGCUGAUCCGUUGGAAUUUUCACAUCAUUGUGUGCCGAAAAACGUGAGCCCACUAUCGGCGCAGAAUAUCGCCUUCAAUGGNUUCGCGUUAGAUGAAUCGCGUAAAGUGAAUUCAGUUAUCGGUAAACUGAUGGAAAUCACCACCCAGGAGCAGGUGAAAAAGACCCGACUGGAGUUGGAGCACAAGCGUUUUGUGACGUUUAUAAUUGUGUUGGCGUUCGUGUUGGCCACGGUGACCUUCCUGCUUGGCUUCAUUAUGAAUCACUUCCAGCAUUUUUUGACGAUUUUUAUCAACGGGUUUCUGGUGAUCUGCGUAGCGAAUGUACCACAAGGUCUACCGAUCACGUUGGGUGCAGCGCUGAUCAUUGUUUCGAGACGUUUAGCUAAAAAAGGUCUUUACAUGAAGCGGCUGGACGUGGUGGAGACGCUGGGCACGGCCACGGUGUUGAUGACCGAUAAACGUGGUGUGUUGACGUCGAAUGAUAUCACGGUGACGGAUGUG